GACAAGCACAGGGGUCGCGCCCACUAGAGAAAAUGGUAGCGUGAACAAAUAAAACAAAGACGCAAACAUUAAGUUUACACUUGAGAUGGAUCGAGAGCCGCCGCGAAGUUUGUAUCCCGAGACACAGUUACAAAGUGAAGUGCUGCCAUCAGACGUCCUCAAGGUGGUCGUUGUGAAAGAGGAGCAGCAGGAGGAGCCAGAGCCCCCUCAGCUGAAAGAGGAAGAGGAGGAGUCUGACAUCAGCCAGUUCCAGGUGAAGAGUGAAGAAGAUGAAGAACGAGCCGAGUGGUCACGGCUUCAUGGCGGCAAGGAGGCGACGAGUCGACAAGAAGCCGACCUUAUCUUGGGCUCGCUGGUUCAGGCUGACGACGUGACGUCAGACUCUGGUGACACGGACGUCAGCGACGACAACUGGAUCAGUACCACCGCGCCCGCUUUAAACCCCGGCGACCACAGAGAAGCGGCUGCGAGCGAGAAGUUCGAGCCUCACGAAGCGUCGCUGACGUGCUCGCAGUGUGGGAAAACGUUCUUGUCCAAGUCGAGCCUGAAAUGGCACAAGAAGGUCCACGCUGAGAAACUCUUCAGUUGCAUCGUUUGCAGCAAAAGGUUCCGGAAGCGCUCGGAUCUGGUGGUUCACUUCCGGAUCCACACCGGGGAGAAACCCUUCUCCUGCUCCGUUUGCGAGGCCAGCUUCGCCAAGAGCAACGCGUUGGUUCAGCACAUGCGGACGCACACCGGCACCAAGCCUUUCAGCUGCUCCGUUUGCGCCAAGAGCUUCUCUCAAAAAGGUCACAUGAACAUACACAUGCGCACGCACACCGGCUCCAAACCUUUCUCCUGCUCGCUGUGCGGGCGAAACUUCUCCGAGAAGGGUCACUUGACCAGACACAUGGCGGCGCACUCCGGAGAGAAACCGUACGCCUGCUCAGUUUGCGGCAAAAGGUUCUCUCAGAAGGGUCACAUGACCACACACAUGGUGGCCCACACCGGAGAGAAACCGUUCGCCUGCGACGUUUGCAAGCAGCGCUUCACCUGGCACUCGCAGUUUAAAAGACACAAGUGUGUUGAGGGGAAGAGCGCCACCUAGUGGUUCUGUCAUUGUCAUGUGGCACUUGCAAAACAUUUAUUCCACUUCUAACUUAAUAAACGACUCAAGUUUUGCAUGUUCGCACUGCUUUUGUCAGACCUCCUCUCAUGUUUGUAUGUUGUGACACAUAAGACAUAAGCUUCCUUCUUCCUCUUUCCUGCUGGUCUACCAGUACUGUGGCUGUCGCCAUGGCAACGCUACAUUUAGUCCUAACUCAUCAUGUAGAUACAUUUAUUCAGUGACGUGCUGUGAGGUUCAUGGCUGGUGAGGUGAGGCCCUGAGUCAGCCGCUUCAUUUCGAAGUCGGAAGACGUCAUGGACAUGCAACUGCCAGCUCACGUACGCCCCCUCAAGUUAAUCCAGUGUACUGAGUGUAUAUUCCGGCCAGACAAAAUACACCCGAACUUUCCGGGCAGCAAGCUGUUAGCUGCUAACAUUCAGCAUACAAUUAAUGCUGAUACACGUUUACUUGCUUCCUUCUACUUCUGUUCUGUGAUAUGUCACACACAAUCUCUAAUGAAAAAAUUCGCCCUGCAGGCCCUACUCAGAAAACAGCAUUUUCAGUGAGUAAUGAAAAUGUUUACAAGACCCUUCAUUACGCAGACAAUACACGGCUCGAACCGGAUGACAUAGACCCAGACACCAUUUUUUUCCACACAAUUAGCAGUAUUUAUCACUAUUACAAAGUGGAACAAUAAAAACAUACAUUCAGAAGAUAGGCUAUCUAUGAUACGCAUCAAUGGGACGGCGUGGCGUGAUUGGGAGAGUGGCCGUGCCAGCAAACUGAGGGUUCCUGGUUCGAUCCCCAGCUUCUACCAACCUAGUCACAUCCGUUGUGUCCUUGAGCAAGACACUUCACCCUUGCUCCUGAUGGGUCAGGGUUAGUGCCUUGCAUGGCAGCUUCCGCCAUCAGUGUGUGAAUGGGUAUAUGUGGAAAUAGUGUCAAAGUGCUUUGAGUACCUUGAAGGUAGAAAAGCGCUAUGCAAGUAUAACCCAUUUACCAUUAUCAAUAGCAGAAGCAUGUACGCCAACUUCCUGAGAUAAUCAACCUUUUAAAGUAAUUAGAAUUUCAGAGACAUGGCUGGAUGUAGGGACUCACGUUUGAGUUGGAAGGAUAUGAAUUUAACUACAUCAACAGAAAUCAAAAGCAGAAAGUGGGGAUAGAUCGUCCAUACACUUAGGAAGGAUCCGAGAAACAUAGCAAGACAAGCCCUGGACUAUAAUCCUCAAGGCAAGAGGAAGCCAGGGAGACCAAAAUCCAACAAGAGGCGGUCCACUCUUGGUGAACUGACCAAGAUGGGGACCUCCUGGCAAGAAGUGAAGACCAUCGCACAGAAGAGAGUGAGGUGGAGAUCCAUGGUGGACGCCCUAUGCUCCCAAGAGGGCCAAGAGGAUUAAGACAAAGACUAAGAAGAACAGAAACCAUAAGAGUGGAGGCGGAGUAGGGGUAUAUACCUGUAGUAUGGGAAAAAUAAUAACUUUUAAGUAGUAAAAGAUUAAACAAAGGCUAUUGAUAACAUACCAGAAUGUAUAACAAUAGAAAUCCACCAGGAGAAGAACUAUUGUUAUAGUCAGCUGCUUACAGUAACCUAUUUAUUUAUUUAUUUAUACAUGCACCUUAUUGCUUUUUUUUAUCCUGCACUACCAUGAGCUUAUGUAACAAAAUUUCGUUCUCAUCUGUACUGUAAAGUUCGAAUUUGAAUGACAAUAAAAAGGAAGUCUAAGUCUAAGUUAUACAGAAGACCAAAAUCAGUCAGAGAAAUGCAUGGACUGGAUCAAUACAAUUUACACA